AUGUCUUUCAAGGACAUUCCUGAAGCUAGAAAGUUCAUGAACUUUUAUUCAUUGGUUAAUCAAAAGAAAUUAGAGUUGGUGAAAAGUGACAAAAUUAGAGUGAGGUAUAAGUGUGUAUUGGGCUGCCCAUUUAAAUAUCUUAUUUCCAUUAAAAAGGGCAAUGAGGGGUGUAGAGUGAAGACACUAAAUCCAAGACAUGACUGUAAUCCUGCUUUUGAUAACGGUAGGGUUGAAUAUAGCACUAUAGCUUACUACUUCAAGAAGAAGUUGCAAGACAACCUUAAGUAUAAGGUGAAAGAAAUGAGGGCAGACCUGAAGAAUUCAUUUCUACUUAAUGCUAGUAAAUCUAAGGUUAAAAAGGCAAAGAGAAUGAUAUUGAAGAAGUUGGAAUGGAGUUCUGCUGAUGAUUAUAACAAGCUUGAAGCAUAUGCCAAUGCUUUGAGGGACAGUAAUCUUGGAAGUGAUGCAGUUAUUAAUUUAUCUAAAGAAUCAUUCUUGCAAGGCAAAAGAAAAUUCUUUAGGAUAUACAUUUGUUUUCAUGCAUUGAAGAUGGGGUACAAAGAGGGCUUGAGACCAUUUAUUGGGCUUGAUGGUACAUUUUUAAAGGGGAAGGCUAAAGGACAGCUACUAGUUGUUGUUGGGCAAGAUAACAUGAAUCACUUUUAUCCACUUACUUGGGCUGUAGUUGAUAGGGAAACAAAAAGAAGUUGGACUUGGUUUCUGGAGCUUUUUCACAAUUCAUUGGACUUGAAUAUGGGCAAUGGAGUCACAUUUAUGUCGGAUAUGCAGAAGGCAAUAAAGACAGUACAUCCUGAAGCAAAGCAUAGGUUCUGUGUGAGACAUGUAGAGUCAAACUGGUGUAAAGAGUAUAGAGGUCUUGAAAUGAAGAAGUUACUUUGGUGGAGUGCUUGGGCCACUUAUGAAGAAGACUUCAAGGAUCAGUUGAGCAAGUUAGGACAAUUGAAGGAAACAUCUGUUACAGACCUGUUAAAGUACCCACCCCAGAGUUGGUAUAGGAAGCUAUACAAGCCCAUCAUCAAAAUGUUGGAAGAUAUAAGACUCAAAGUAAUGAAUCAGUUGAGAAAUCAUGAAGAUGAGGUGAGAACAUGGAAGACAAACUACAAUCCUCAAAGCAUGAAGCUUUAUAAUGACUAUCUGAAGAUAGCUCAUUCCAUUGAGGUUGAUUUCAAUGGUGAUAAUGGAUUUGAAAUAGUAGAAGGGGUUGACAAAUUCAUUGUCAAUUUACAGGGGAAAAGAUGCACAUGUAGAGUAUGA